AUGCUCCUGAUGUUCUCAGGGGCACUGUGGGAAAUGGAACCAGACGGCUGCAUCCGGCUGGCCCGCCCGCUCCCUGCAGGGCCGGGAGCAUUGCAGGUUUGUUCCACCUGUCGGAAAGGUGGCUCUGCUAGACUUGGGUCAGAUCUCGGGAGAGGGGAAGGGGAGGGACACGUGGGGACCAGCCUUCCUCCGGCUGACGAGUCAGCAGGGCCGGGGGAAAGCGAGCGAGCGAGCCGGGAAAGCGCGGAGAAGCUUAGCGGGACAAAGCGGGAGGACGGAGCGCCAGCGGCGGCGGCGGCGGCGGCGGCCGGGCCGGGCCGGGCCGGGGCGGGGGCGGCCGGCUUUGUGCGGGCGGCUUUCCAGCCCCGCGACGGAGGGCGGGGCCGCCGCAAAAGUGCACGGGCGGAGAGGCGAGCCGCCGUCCGGGCAGGUGGGCGCCAGGCAGGGCGCGCCGGCGGUCGCCUCCAUGCCCCGCUGCGGGGACUGCGGGGGGCGGCACACCUGGAGCCGCGGGGCCGCCCAGCCCCUCGCCCGCCCCUAAGAUGCGGCCGGGCCGCCUGCUCGGCGGCGCCACGCUUGAACCAUGCCUGGCGUGGGGGCCGAAGACGGGGGGCAGCAGCAGCCGGGCGCGGGGGAGCUGCCCACGCUCACCCCGGCGGGGGGGCCCCCGCGGGAAGAGCCCUGCAUAACCCACUGUCACCCUUUUCUCCCUUCUCUCUGCCUGUCUGUCCCUCGGUCGGCCAUCAGCAACGUCCUCUGAAGCAGUCCCUCAGCAGCUCGCUGUGUCGCGAGUCACACUGGAAAUGUCUUGUCCUCACCCUCCUGAUGUUCGGCUGCUUCGGCGUCAUGGCCUGGUGUCGCCUCUCGACGGUCACCCGCCUGAAUUACGACAGCUCCUACCAGGGGACGUCUAUGGUGUACCACGAUAGUCCGUGCUCCAAUGGGUACAUCUACAUCCCCCUGGCCUUCUUGGGGAUGUUGUACGUGGUCUACCUGGUGGAGUGCUGGUACCGGUUCGCCAAGGGGCAGAUGCAGUACCGCGUGGACACGGCGAGUGUCUACGACAAGGUCCAGCGCAUGCAGCAGGCCACGCCCUGCAUCUGGUGGAAGGCCGUCAGCUACCACUACAUCCGCCGCACGCGGCAAGUCACUCGCUAUCGCAACGGGGAUGCUUAUACCACCACCCAGGUUUACCACGAGCGGGUCAACACCCAUGUCUCUGAGACGGAGUUCGACUAUUCGGGCCACGGGGUGAAAGACGUCUCCAAGGAGCUUCUGGGCCUCUCGGAUUACCCAGUCACCAAGCUCCGCUUCACAAAGUGCUUCAGCUUCGCCACCGGGGAGGCCGAAGCGGCCUACCUGACUCAGAGGGCCCGGUUCUUUGGGGAGAACGAGGGGUUGGAUGACUACAUGGAGGCCCGCGAAGGGAUGCACCUCAAGAAUGUGGACUUCAAGGAGCACAUGUUGGUCUUCCCGGACCCAGGGCGCCCACCCUGGUACACGCGUCGGUGCGUCUUCUGGGUGGCGUCCUUCCUCCUGCUUUCUUGGCCGCUGAGGGUCUUAUCUGAAUACCGUACGGCCAACGUCCAUUACCACGUGGAGAAACUCUUUGGGGCAGAUGACGGGCCCAGCCCCCUAGACGCCACAGGGGGCUACGGGCGGCGAAUCUCGCGCGUCAACACUGUGGACAUGACCGAGCUGGAGUGGCACAUCCGCUCCAACCAGCAACUGGUGCCCAGCUACUCCGAGGCCGUGUUAAUGGACUCCACCACAGUGGCGGGCGCAGCGUACCUGCGUAGCUGCCAACGCUGUCGCCGGACUGUCAGCAGCAACUCCCUGCCUUCCCGGGGCACCCGGGCCCUCUACGCCCGCCUCCCGUUCAGCUGCAGCCGCUUCUCGCUGAGUGGGGCACGGCGGUGUGGGGGGAUCCUCCGCAGCCUGAGCGGAAGCCACGUGGGCAGCAGCAUUGAGACAGAGCCACUGGAGAGCCCCCCAUGCUACCAGGACGCGUUGUACUUUCCCGUGCUGAUUGUCCACGGCGGGGAGGGCUGUGAGCGCAACGGGCACAGGCCGAGCCUUGCAGGGAGGGGGUUAGGAACCCCACUGUGAAAUGGGAGGGGGGGAUAGUGGAAACGAAGUUCCCUGGGAGAAAUGCAGUACAAAAAGUCUCUGGCUUCUUUCUCGGAGCCAGGAUCAAACCCAUUAACCCAGCUCUAAGGCUCUUUGGCUAACAUCACACUCUUCUCAGAAAAGGAAGUAUCUCUGGGGAGAGGGAUGCCCAUUAAGCCAGUGUUCAGAUAUGGGGUUAUUCUUUUGCCAAACUCUUUGCUGGAGGGAGGGAGGAAGGA